AGGAUUUUCUUUCAUCUGCCAAAAUGCAUGUUCGUACCGUGAUUCUGUUCUCUGCACUGACGCUGGCCAUUAUGGCCGGCCCGGCCGUCAAAUCUGGGUCAGAGCCCAUCACAGCCUCGUCUACGGUUAACCCUGCCACGGAUAAAGCUCCUGCUAUGGCCCCAAGAGGCACAAGAACCAACACGACCAAGUCGGUCGCUCACGAAGCCAUCAAUAAGUUAGUUCAAAAUAUGCCUGUUGUGCAGAAUAUUGCCGGUAUUACAGAAACAAUUGUUGGUGAUGCCCCGGCAGCCGAUGUAGCUCAGAGUGAAGCUGCGGCCGACAUCCCUCAAGUCCGUCAGCAGCAUCUAGAUCCGUGUGAACAGGGUCAAGGCGUAUGUAUGAGCGGGUUUGAUUGUACCCUUCAACGAGGCGAAAACAUUGGAAACUGCGACGGAGGGGGCGUUUGCUGUCAUAUUGCGAAAACGUGUGAAAAAGGCAAAGAGGUAGAGAUCUCAACGAACAACACCUACUUUAUCGAGCCACAAAAGGUGUGGGAUCCCGAAGGCUCGAUUCAUUGCGGAAUUCGGAUUCGUAAACUCACUCCCCUUGGGCAGCAUAUAUGUCAAAUGAAGCUGGACUUCGUCAACUUUAAUAUCGUUGGACCGGAUCCGCAAUCGGGCAAAUGCAAAUAUGACAUGCUCACGAUCGAAGGAGCAGACGCCAAUACUCGCGUCCACAAUUUGUGCGGACUCAACGACGGUCAACAUGUUUAUGUGGACGUGAAGCAUACUGACUCCAUCAAACUUCGUAUGAACAUCGAUUACUCGAAAGAUCCAAACCGAGUGCGAAAAUGGAACAUCCGUGUCACACAAUUGCCUUGCCAUUCACCCCGCCUUGCGCCUCCCGGAUGUCUUCAGUAUUUCGAAGAAUAUAGCGGAAUCGUUAAGAGCUUCAAUUACCGACCUCAAGGAGUCAAUGAGACCUCCUAUCCUCUCGGACUUAGGUACGCAAUUUGCUUUAAACGUGGCCCGGACUCGUGUCGCGUCUUCUUCCGAAAGGCUGGGCCGUUCGGACUCGGCGAAGCCCCUGAGCCUCACUAUAAUCCAAGCGAAAUCGACACCGAGUGCUACAGCAAAAAUGCUACGACCGGAGCCAUUAAGGUCAAGGCCUACUUACAAAUUGAUAACGUCAGACACUGUGGAAGAAACUUUGCGGAUGAGUACAAAACAGAGGACAACGGAAUAAACGCAAUCACGUUCGUUUCGCCGGACUCCGAGGAGACUCGUGAUAAAGAGAUUCCAGGCCAACCGCCAGGCUUCAAAUUCAUUUACCGCUUACUGGCUUGCGGUAGUGGCAACUAGGCGUCCAGUCAUUGUUACGCUAGCCAUUGUAUUGAUAUCAAACUGAACUAGACGUUUCUAUCUCUGACCUACGAAAAUGAAACAGGCCCUUUUAAAUGUCCUGAUUUCCUUUUAUUGUGGCAGCAAAUUACAGUCUUAGGGCUUCUUUUAUCUGACACAUUCCCUCUUCCUUAUGCUAUUAGUUAAUUGCGAUGUACUAUAAAAAUGGUGAACUGCAUAUUUAAUAUAUAUAUUACCAUUUACCUUGCUGAACUUCAUAUAUGUCUACGUGGAUGAUAAGAUAAUAAAAAAUAAUUUAAUAAAUUAAUAAAAAAUAAACAUUGUACAUAUAUAAGA